GGUCGUUAAUAGAGUUGCGCGUUCUCUUUUCRCGAUGAAUAACAAACGUGUUGAAUCCUAAUGGCAAAGUACACUAAAUGUCUCUCUUUGUCACYGGGGUUUCUCAUUAUUWUACUAUUCUGUAUUGAAUGAUGAUAAAAUUGAAACAGCUGGUCCAGUAAAGCGCACGCGUGGUGGCUGUUUUUCUCUUUGUGAAUGACAUCCUUGAAUAGUAAAUGUUGAUUGGGCGAURAAAAAGAUGAGAAUAACAGCCSUCGGUUGCCAGUAAACAAACUUCUGGCGCUUAAAACCGUGUUACUUGARAAGGGACGAGUUUUUCGUUGRACUCACUUAUUGUAACAAGGAGUCUCGUUUGAAUUUUAUGAAGCAAGAAAAGUUUUAAGAAAUUAUUUGCUUGAGAUCUCAGUCUCAAUUGUUUGGCUACUGAUAAACAGCACAAUAUACGAAUUUUGUGAAUCAGGAUUCUCAAAAAAGUCACGGUUGCCAAGGAGACAAUUCUACAUUUGGCUAUGUCUUCUGAAUGUACUUCUGGCGUUGCGGAUAUUGCUAUUGAAAACAAGAACAAUGAAAAUGAUUACAAAGAUGAUUUUCAUUCGGAUUCGGAAACCUCAAACGUCCAUAGUCAAGGAACGAGCAAUGAGACGAAGGACAAUGGCGCAGGAGAUAAAACGAAAAAGAGCGAAAAAACAACUGAGCGAAAAGAAAAUGAAAGCARGAACAAUAGGUCCCCAAGCUCAAGAUCAUUAAGUCAAAAGAAAACCAAAGAAUUAAAACUCGACCAAAGAAAAACUACUAAGAAAACUGUAUCAUCUAAAGCCGAAAAAACUAUCAUCCAUCAAGUUCGCACUGAGAAAGAAGAGAAGAAGGCAAGUGCAACGAAAAGAGAUUCAGCUCGACGGUAUCUGAGAAGUAAUUCGAAAUCACGACAAAGGAACGCGUCCAGUACAUCCACUGCAAAGCCUUCGGUCCGGGAGGGUUCUGGAAAGAGUGUGCAUUGGUAUUCAAGUGACGAGAUUUCUGAUGAGAGUUCGUCAACUGACAGUGAAMAAGAYGAGAAUCGGUCUCGAGAAUUAAGACCGGAGUUGACUGCUGAAUAUUGGGAUAUCCACAAAUUGGUCAGGUUUUUGAAGGUUGGCAAUCCUACAGUUACGUUAAUCGCGUUAUGCGCACUUGAUGAAUUCAAUCUUCACCAAGAAAUGACUCAACUUUCUGUCGUGGAUCUUGGCGGGAUUUCGAUACUGUUGAACUUAUUGAACACAAAACAAAUAUCUUGUGUGAUUGGAUCGCUGAAAAUAUUGCUUAAACUUUCAAAAAGUAGGGUUGUCAACAAUGAGAUCUAUCGAUUAAAAGGAGUGGAGCAAAUAAUCGACUCUCUAAGCAGUCGCUCUCUCGAAGUUCAGUCCUUAGCAGCAGGAACUCUUGCGAACUUUGCAUCUUUUCGUAAAGCUUACAGUGCGGUCAAGGGCUACAAGGGAAUACCCAUCUUGGUCAAUAUACUAAAAAGUACAAUAAUAGAUAACAGACCUGUGAGGUCAACUGCUUAUGCAACAAACGAAAAUACAGAAUCCCUAUGUAAAAACGUCUGCGAGGCAUUGUGGAGCUGCAGUCGAUGUUCCAAAAAUAUCCAUGCUGUUCGAGAGGCAGGRGCAGUGUCAAUACUUUCAUSUCUCUUGAAAAAUGGUUCAAAUGACGUGAUCCUCUGCUGUGUUGGGAUUAUUCAGGAGUGUUCUAGCGAUAGCUCCUUCCGUGAUGACAUCCGUAAAGAAGGCAUAAUUGAAGAUGUUGUUCGACUGUUAAGAAGUGGUGACGACGUGUUAAAAACGCUUUGUGCAAAUGCAAUUUUUAAGUGUGGCGAUGAYGUUGAAACACAAAAGCUAGUCCUCAAACAUGAAGGCUUAGAUCACUUGGUUGGGGUACUGAAGUCAACYAAUCAGUACUCUGAUAAGAAUUUACUUUCUGCCGUGGCUGGAGCUGUAUGGAAGUGCGGAUCGUAUAAGCAAAAUAUUGAGAGAUUGGAAUAUCUUGGUACACUUGCAUAUUUGAUUAAACAGAUGAAAAAUGAACAGCCUUUGGAGGURGAAGCAAAUAUUCUUGGAGCUUUAAGUGUAUUUGCUUAUAAUCGAAAAAAYAUUAAAACUAUUUACGAAGAAGGAGUUCUGCACAUCGCAAUCAAUAAAUUAAACGUCACGGAUCCAAAUGUUCUGAUAAAUUCCACAACAGUAUUGGCAUUGUGUGCAAAGGAAGACGUUCCAAGAAGGGAGAUACUGAAUAGUGAUGGAGUCAGACUACUGUGGUCGUUGCUAAAGUCUUCCAAUCAUAAGGUUGUUGCGAGUGCUGCUUAUAGCAUUGCUAUGUGCGUUUCAAAUGCCUUGGAAUCAGCAGAAAUUGUUCGUUCUUUUGUUGGAGGAUUAGAACUAGUCACCAAGCUCCUACGAUCAAACAGACGAGAUGUCCURAUCAAUGUAUGCCAAAUGGUGAUUAAUAUUGGUCAAGAYCGAGAAAACAUGUCCAUCAUGACAGAUUAUGACGUAAUACCUUUACUGAUUUCCCUAGUUUAUGCGGAUGAUGAAGAGCUGCAUCAGUAUGUUGCAGAAGCAAUUGCCGCAUGCUGUAACCUAGAGGAAAACAUCAAAGCCUUGUCUACAACAGUUGUACCUUUGUCAGAUGGUCUACGCACGUACAGUAGUAUUGAUGUCCAUAGAACYACUGCUCUUGCAUUGGAAAAACUUUCGAGCAACCCUCACAAUUGUUUYAUAAUUCACAAAAAUGGUGCCAUCAAGCAUCUCUUGAAAAUGAUGGCCUCUCAAGAUCACUCUGUUCAAGAAGCAGCUGCCCGGUGCAUCAAGAAUGUUAGAAUAAAUAUCAGUGCAAAUGCUGUUCAUUGAUGGUAGAAUAGCAUAGACCGAGAUAUGUAAUCUAUAUUGUAAAAUAUAUAAUCUGAAUACAAUAUUAUUAGCUUUUUUGGAGCACUGGUUGUAACUCUUUCUUCUGGGAUCAGAUCGCAUUGAGAGUUGAAAUCUCUUGUACGCUUGAUUAUUAGGUUCUUGGGAAACAAAAUGUCAUUUUAUUUCUUCGGUAGUGUCCUGAGAUUUAGGGAUUUAGGAAAUUAGUAAUACAUUAAAAGACAAAACGUGCCCACUGAA